ACUUUAAGCUUUUCUGUUCGUACAUAACCUCUACCGUAAGCGGUUAUGUGGUUACCGUAUACUUCUGUCAAAAGAAGAGAACUGUCAAAACAACAAUCAUGUCAUCAGAAAAUUCAUCCGAAUUGGUACACGAUGUAAAAGAUAGCGCAACGCUGUCAGAAUUAUUUGACAAAGCAUUCGAAAUGUUUAACGAUCUUAAUAAAACAACCGAACCUACAAACAGUUCAAAAGUUCAGUCUGACGUCAAGAGAACCAUGAAAAUGUUGGAAGACGCGACAAAACUCGUCUCCAUAGUCGACAUGUUUAGCGGAAACGAAAGUUUCGAAGAAGUGGCUACAGAAAACAUCAAGUAUUUCUUAUUGCCAGCUUUCCUUGGUACGCUGGCUACAAAAAUUUGUAACUCGGAUAACCGGAUGAAUAUCGUUAACGUUGCUGAAAUAUAUUUUGUGGACUUUUUGAAACGCGCUAAAGCUUACGGAUUAACCGACAUCGAGAUACCAGAAAUUAAAUCAGAAUCAGAGAAAGAAAGCACUUCUGGAAGAGUUCGAACGAACGCGGAAUUAAUUACAGAAAUGGUAAACCGAAGAAACACGAAACUACAGAGAUACAAGGAGCAGAAGGAAUUGGAAUUGCGUUUAGAAACUCUGAAAGCAAACUUGUCGAAUCCGAAUAUAGAUGACGAAGCUAAGAGAGAAUAUUUUGUAACUCUUAUAAAAUUGUAUGUAAAUCUAACAAUAGAUGAAUUGAGCUCGCUGGCUGCGGAGAAACCGAUACUGGAACACAUGAAGAGAAUGUCGAAAUCUGAAACUAUGUCUGAUCAAGCUAUAAUGAAGCAUAAACCAACGCCUCACAAAUUACAGCCGAUCAUAAUUACCCGAGACGAAAUGCAGAAGAAAGUAUAUGGAGCUGGUUAUCCUAGUUUACCUAUUCUCACUGUUCAAGAAUUUUAUGAUCAACGCAUAAAAGACGGAGAUUGGCCAGAUCCUUCUCAACAACAACAAAAUUCCAAAUGUUUACAAAACGUUGUAAAUACCGGUGCAACUGGCAGCGAGGAGGACGAUAUUAAAAAGGAAGGAAUGAUAGAUGCAGAUGAUCCAGAUACAUUGAGGCAAUUACGCGCUAUGGAUGAGUAUAAAGACACGCAUAGAAGAGGAUGGGGCAAUCGCGCUAACAGAAGUUGAACGCAAGAGGAUCGUGUACUAAAUUCUUUUUUUGAAAAUAUAUUUAUCCUGCAUGUUUCCCCGCAUUCAUUAUGGUAUUUUGUUUGAGAUGUCGUUACAAAUAAAUGAAAAGCGUUAUGCGCUUUUGUGAAAUAAUAA